GAUUCAUUUGACGCGACAAUACAUAUGACUGAACCACUGUAAAGUUAUUGAUGGCAACCCAAAAUACAUUUCACAGAUAUCAUAAUCACGAAUCACUUUAAUCCGUUCAGAGAGAAAGAUGAAACCAUUAACCAUGACUCACCUCUUCACUCGUUCAAAACUCGCUCGACUCGUUCCUUUAACUCAUAUUUCCAAAUGUUCACUCAGAACAACAGCAACAACUUCUUGUUCUCUCCACCUAUUCUCAACAAAUACUACUGCCAGCUGCGGGGGAGAACAGUCACCGGAAACGGAAAGGAGGGAAUGGAACCACCGUCGAGUGGAGCUACCGAAGGAGCUUUCGAAAAAUGUGAUCGUACUUGAGUGCGAGUCUACGGCAAAGGGUGGGGUUUGUGAUGUCUACGUGGUUGGCACAGUCCAUAUCUCAAAGGAAUCAAGCCAACAAGUUGAAGCUAUUGUCAAAUUUUUGAAACCAGAGACUGUCUUUUUGGAAUUGUGUAGGAGUCGUCAGCAAGUGCUUUUCCGCGAAAAGAUUAAGGUACCAACUGUGGAAGAAAUGUAUGAAAGCUGGAAGAAAAAACACAACUUUUUUGGAAUACUUUAUAGCUGGUUAAUGGCCGAGGCAUGUUUCAAUGUUUUUCUUUUUUUGGUGUAA